AUUUCUUUCGUGGAUUUAGUGGACGGGCGUGUGUCGUACGUUUGGGAACGUCCGGGCGUGUGGAUUCACCGGAUGCAUGGCCCCAUCGAAGACGCGUCUUCUCAUCCAAAAUUGGUUGAGGACAUAAUCCUUAAUUGGGAAAAGGCGUUAGUCUCAAUUAUCCACGAUGCCACCCGCAUGUUGACUAAAGAAAGUGCUGCCGCUACAGAGCGCGAAGAAAGCGAUAACAUCGGUGUACUCUCCGCAAACGUGUUGCGGGAGGUCUUUUCCCAACUGGAUACCCCGACUCAGACCGGACUGCGCAACGUGUGCUUCGCGUGGAACAGCAUCCUGGAAUCACCGGUCCUGACAGCCUGCAUCGUGGUUACCGGCUUCGAACGGGAGUGGACUUGGGAGUCGACUCGUCACGAACUGCAGUACUUUGUGACGGCACCGCUGUUCAAAUGCCUUCGCCCGUCCACGCAGCACAUCCUCGUGGAUGCUCGCGACAACUGGAUGAAACACGACGAUUUCCUAAUGCUGGCGGAGGUGAUGCACUAUGUUGGCCGGGAAACCGGGAGCCGUGUGCGAAUGAUCCAUUUUGUGGGAUUCCGCUUGCACUUGCAAAUCGGCGGCCAUGGUGGCUUUGAAUUUGAUGCAGACAAUGAGGAUCAGGAUGAUGAUGAGGAGGAUGAAGACAAUCAGGGCUAUAGCGAUAAAUGCCCAAUGCACCGCGACAACGCUGGCAAGACCAAUGAUUUCAACUACCGUUUGGUCGAUUUCAUCGCCGCCUGUGGGGAUCUGCCGUGCGAUGCCGUCCAGCUGGUGGACUGCGCUUUGGUUCUGGAUUUCGCUCGGCUGAACGAAGUCGAGCUGUUCGUUCGCCUGCCCGCGGCUCGGUUGGCGGUGGAUGGGGAUGUGGGCAGCGCGGUGUGGGCCGCACUGGAGCAAUGCGUGCCGAUGCCGAGCAACAAGCAGAUGGGCAUGCUGUCAAAGUGGCUGACAUCCCUCACCGUAGAGGAAACCAAGCCUCUGACUCUAAUUACUGCAAUGCGAGCGUCCUUCAUUCGUAAUGAACGGGAAGUGUUCUGCAAGGCACUGUGCGCCACACAGUCGGCAGAUCCGCGCCCAUCCCUGCAUUACCGUGGCAAGCAGUGGUGUGUUGACGGCGUGAAGGAUCUGCAGUUGGAGAAACUAUCGGCGGUGGCGCUGAAGCUCUUGGUCGAGCUCAUGGAGCAUUUAAAGCCGUCGUCAGUUUUCUAUGACGACGACUCGGACGACGGUUCCGGCGGCCAACCGAUGGAUGACGAGUCUGAUUAGCCUUUGAAGUCCGUUUCUUCUUGGUAGAAUAAUGUGCCGGGAAUUUCAUUCGUGUUUUUUUUGUCUUAGAUAAGCGCUAUAAUUUUUGCGCUGCCCUUUUUUCAUGUGUUUCCUCCGGCGUUCAGUAUAAUUAUACUACCUUAAUGCGGCGGAAUAACUAUCAACAUUUGUGCGGUUGUUUUUACCAUUGCUGUGAGUAAGCAGAUUUCUGUUCGUUUUUGUA